UCUUGCCCCUGCUUCUGAUUGCUUGUUGUCGUCCGUUUCUUUUAUCGCAGCAGCAUUCUUCAUAUUGUCAAUUCCCACAAACUGUGUGCUUGUUUGGGUUUCCUCGAGAAUCGGCAUGUACUGGCUAAAACAUUUGAGGCCUUCAGCACAAUCUGAUCGGGAAGUUUAGUUGGAGUCACUGGAAGGGAGAUCUAAUUCUUUUAAAAUUUAAAUGGGCGAACAUUCAACUUUUGAUAGGAUGAUGCAAAAUGUCCGUGCAACAUGCAAAUACUAUACUGGUUUUCCAAAGGAUCUCGGACCAUCACGUUUGAUUCAUUUUACAUCGGAACGUGAGUUUGUGCAACUUCUUCAUCAAGGCUAUCCUGUGGUGGUCGCAUUCACGGUCAGAGGUAAUUACACAAAGCAUCUGGACAAAGUAUUGGAGGAAUCAGCUGUUAAUUUUCAUCCUCAUGUGAAAUUUAUGAGGGUGGAGUGUCCAAAAUAUCCUGGGUUUUGUAUAUCACGGCAAAAGAAGGAAUAUCCAUUUAUUGAGAUAUUUCAUAGUCCUGAACAGGCUUCUAAUCAGGGAAGAGUAGCUGAUCCUAAUAUUACAAAGUACUCUGUCAAGGUUCUACCUUUCAAUUUUGACCAAAGUGUGUACGGGUUCAGAGAAUUCUUCAAGCGCUAUGGAAUAAAAUCAUCAGAUCCUGUUUAAAGUUGGCGACGAGUAUGGUUUACAACUUAGGUAAUCAAGGCAGCCAGUCCUCCUGUAGAGAAUGAAUAAAGUUUCUGUACAUUUUGGGUGCUCCCCUUCAUGUUCAUGAUGUAGCCAUAUCUGAAGCAUGAAGAAUCUAUUGAUAAGUACUUCAAAGUUCUCUGGUUAUACUGUGUAGCCCUAGUUAACAGGCUAUUAGGCUCAGAUCUUUAAAUGACUUGCGUGAACAGUGCACUGUGGUAUUGGAUAUUAUUGUCUAGGGACGUGGAAGCGACAUGCUUAAGCUUUUGGUUGGGUUAUAUGACAGAAAUUCGGACCUUUGAAUGGGGAACAAGUUUUUUCUC